GAUUAUUCCGACGGUUUUGAUUCGAAAUAUAGUAAAUAAUUUGAUGACAGUUUCAUGUAUUUUUGAGAAGAUUUUCCUUCCGAUAUUUCUAAUUUUAGGUGAACGUUUUCAAACAGGUAUCUACUGUUGAAACCGCUGUCCAACGAAUGUUUGAACCGUUUCGAACCGGUUCAACCAAAAUUCAAAGUCAACUGUCAACGCUGCAACGUAUUUAUCUGCGCGUUGUUAUGAGCAGUGUGUCUUGCGAAUGUGGAAUUUUAGUGAUUUUCAAGCAAAAUAUUAUAUUUCAUCUGUUUCACAUCGGUUUGCCGCGUAGAAACAUAGCAGGACAAACAGUUUUAUGCAGUUAUAUGAUAAAGUUACAUCGAGAAAAACAGUUUAACUUGUGAUCGUGUUUGGCUUGCUCCUGCGUGCAUAGUUAGGCGUCUGUUCGUUGUUGAUAUGCUGCGCAUAGAAUCAGCAGAAUGAGCUCGAAAGAAAAACGGUCAUCGAUUUUGAAGAAACAUGAAAAAGUUCCAUCCUCCGUUGGGCGUGUUAGUACCGUAGCAUCAGUGCCGAGUACGUUUAAAAGCAACAGAAAAAUAGAAUUUCACCGGAAAAAAUCCAUCAAGGAAUUUGUGGUCGGUGAAGAUGUAGACACUAUCUGGGGCAAUUCGUAUGAAGUUUCCACCGAUGGUUCACCUUCCAAUGAGCUGGAGGAUGCUACACUAGCCAAUAGUACCUGCCGAAGUACGACGGAUGAACAGAACAAGGAAAAUCAAUCGGUAAACCAACAUCUCCCGGUGGACAAUUCGUGGCGUCACAACUCCCUGAAUGCCCCUAACACGAGCUGGGAUCUAUCGAUAACGAUAGCGGACGAUGAAAAGCGAAAAAUACGUAAUGAAACGUCAGCAGUUUUCUCACAUAGCCUUAACACGACCGAACGCUUGCUGGUGGAACCGUAUGCCGAGCCAAAGGCUAGUUCUGACAAAGUGAAGAUAUCAUUGCAAGUGGAAAAUAACGAUGUGCAUGCGAUGGAUAUAAGUCCGAUCAAACCGAACAUUAAUCCGUCGCCUAGGAAAAUGAUAUACACCUUUCCAAAACAGGCCAUGUUUGUGGAAAUUAAUGAUAUUCCAGAUGAAAAGCAAGCUGAACUAAAGCUCAAGGAUGCUUCGCUAACCGCACACCAACGAGAACAACCCAAAUCAUCGAUACGAUCAUCGUGGCGCACCGGCACAUCCGUGACGGGCAGCCAGUCUCUGCUUGGUGGGUGUUCGUACAACGUGUCGGAAACGUGGAACUCUCACCCUCAUGCAAUGUACCAGCAAUGUGCUGAAACGCGCGUAAGCGGCGAACUGGCAAACGUUAGUUCCGAUGUGGAUACUACAAUCGCUCUUACAAAUGCCAUGACGAAGGUGCUUCAAUCGCGUUCGAACGAAUCGAUUCAGAAAGCAACUAAUAUGGAACUAGACGAGUCGACUACCACGCUACCGACAAACGCGCUGGCGCGUGCUAGACCUUCAUUUUUACCAUCUAACCAACGCCCAGUGGAUGAGUCGCAGGAUGGGCUCGAUCGAACGCCUAUAAACGUUAAGCGGGAGGAAACCAUCCCGCUCCCAACUGAUAGAACCGAAGGCACACAGUCGGCAGAUAUAUCAUCACCAGUAGAAGGACACAGCCAGCGCGUUAGCUUGUCGCUCGAUAAUCUUUCGAUUUUGGCCGAUAUGAAGCAGGCAGUGACGGAUGAGGAGAAUGCUAAUAAGCUUCGGCCUUUGGCGGAAAAUAAACACGAAGAUAUUCCGAUGAAUUUUGGGUUAUCUAGUUUGAGUUUGAAUCUAAGACCAAGUUCGCCCGAGACACCGGUGGUUGUUAAACCAAGAAUACUACGUCCUACUCUGCCAGUAGGUAUCCUGGAAACAGCCAAAGACCACAGCGAUACUAAGAAAACCGAUACAAAAGAUGAAUACGAUCGAAUUCGUUCGGUAAAACGUACACCCGGUAUGGUUUCCAGCCAAAAGCUAAAAGCAAACAGCGAAGAUAAAAAGGAAACUGAUGCCGGUGGUAAGAAAUCGCUAGUACCCAUGGAUAUUUCCAUGGGUAUGCGGCGGCACACCAACAAACCAUCGCUAGCUUCAAUGCAUUCGAGAAUGACAGUAGAUAUGGUAGAAUCUCCUAAACAAUCGCAAAAUAAUCGCGCAACAAUUUACCAUUCACUCGAUAUCGACAUCGAUCGUAUGGAAUUGCCGGGGCAAAACACUGAAAAACAGAGCCAUCGAGCCACGGUUCUGCACGGUGAGGAGAUGGAGCUGACAACGCACGUUCCUGCAGCUGUACAAUCGUCCAACAAUGCUGCUAGACGGACCAAUUGCGUAGAGGAACCCGUUCUGGAAGAAACAGCACGAAUACAUCACUCUUCGGAACCAAUAGCCGAACGUAUGAAGCGCGGCACUGUCCUUGGUUCAAUGCCGAUCGAUGAGUCCACGGAUUGUCCACCAUAUUCACCACAGACUGCGCUCAAUAACUAUCGGAAAACUGUUUAUCCGUUGGACAGAAUGAAGGAGGACGCGUCGGUUAUCCCUGUGACGAACGGUCCUGACCGCAAAACGAUCCUUUGCAAUGAGAGUAUGAUAUUGGACGUGUGUCCAACACCGAAAGCAACAUCUGGUUUGGAAUCUUCAAUUUCAUGCGUUGUCUAUGGUCGAAAUGUGGAUGAACUCUCUAUUCAUGCUACACAGGGUAACAAUGCGGUGGAUAUGAAAUUUGCUCGUCCCACUAUCUUCCAGCUAGAAUCGUGUGAUGAAUCCGCUCAUAUUGCGCCUGGACGUCAAACCGUAAUGCAGGAACAAAACAUGAUCAUUUCGGAAGGAGCUACCAGUGGAAAGACUAGGAAACAACGCUUAACGACACACGUUGCACAUGCGAUGGAAGAGGAUGAAACUUCCGCCGUUAGUUGCGAGAAGAAAAAUGGUACUACACCAUCGCUAAAAGAUACACGGAAGAGCAUUUUCAAUUCAGAAGAAAUGGAGCUAACUUUAGUAAAGGAAUCAAAUCCAAAAACUCUCUCUGAGCGGCCUAAUGCUGGUAUGGAAUGUAUGGAUCUUUAUAAAACCCAGGUGGAAGAAAGCAAAGGACACGCUAUCCAAACACACCAGCAGUCAAGGAUCCCUCGACUGACUACCUACUUGCGAGAGGAUAUGCAGAGCGUUCAGCACGAGGAAAGCAAACCAAGAUACACCAUUUACGAACGGGAAGAUAUGGACGUAACAAAACUACACCGCAGCACAACGACUGCUACUGAAGAUUAUCAAGAUGAUCGUUCAAAUGUGAAACUCGAAGAGGAUAAAAAGAAGGAAUCCAAGCCAAGAUUUUCCAUUUACGACCAUGAGCCCAUGAACGCCACUAAUAUAUGUGAAGAUUAUUUCGACCAAGGCAGAAAUACGAUGCAAAAUGAAUACAGAAGCGUGUGCGAAACUCACUCCAAGAGCGUUCGAGUUGGUUUAAUCGAUAUGGAAAUAGAGCAAGCAGUAAAACAAAACGAGCCGAAAGCACGCAUAACCGUUGCGCACACUGGUUGUGCCGAUGUAGGCGAAGAGAUGCAGAACGAUGUCACUAACUACAAUACCUUUUUGGAGCACCACGAAAUGUCUCACGGAACGCAAUUGCAAGGGCCUUCUACCAUACACCAAACGGACCUCUUGCAGGAUAAAGCAUUCAAUUCAACACGACUUUCAAAAGCAUACGAACGCGAGAAUUUGUCUGCAUCAGUAAUUCCUUCGAGAAUGUCAUCCUAUCGCUUAGAGGCAAUGGAUGAAAGUAAUGUUGCUGGCCAGACACCAUCAACAGAUGCUGUGCAGAUUCCUUUCUCAGAGAAAAAGACUUCUUCUAACGAUCGUUUCGAUUCCCCGAUGCAGAUGUCACCGAUGGUUGGCAAUUGUCGCGACAAAACGACACUGCAGCACAACUCAAGAAAAUCCAGCUACCAUCCGGAAGCAAUGGAAAGUACACCGACAGGGCAGAAAAAAGCCGAUGCUGAUCGUAAAACAUGUAUCGAAUCAUUUGGUUUGCGAAAAUCGGACCUGCAACGAAUCGCACUCGAGAGUGAUCCUGUCGAUAUGGAGGGUAUUUCGGUACUCGAGAGUGAUCCAACCGAUUCGAAGCUGGAGAAGUACAUUACAGGUACUGCACAGGAGGCAAAUUACUUCACCAGCUGUAACACGAAACACACGAAACAACCGCAAGAAAGUAUAAUGCAUGCUGUAAUAGCAAAUAAGGAAAAAGGACCGCCAAACAGUCGUUUAUCCAUUUAUGAUCCAACUGCAAUGGUGGAGGAAACAGUGGCGAUUAAUACCUUUAGACUAAAGCAAGAACAAACAUCAGCUUUGGACCGUCGUGAAGGUGUAACAAGUAAAGAGCGUAAAAGCAACGAUUGUAUGGAUGAAACGAUCGUUCCGGAGAAUAUACGGGUGGAGCGUGAUUUUAAGUAUACCCGACAAUCGCGUGCGCGUGUUGGAAGUGUUGUAAAAGACUCACCUGUCCUGUAUACCGCGGAACAUCCUCCGAUUAUCGACCAGCAUCAACCAAACACGCAAGAUACACUAUAUGGCACUGAGGAAACAAUGGAACUGACGACAGCAUUGAGCAAGGUGAAGAAAUCUGUAAUAGAAAAAAGAAAUAGACAAACGAUUCAUCAACCAGACGAUAUGAAUUUGACGAUGGUCGGUAAAGAUACUUUGACACCAUCGCCUUGUAUUCAACGUAAAACCAUCUACAAUCUUGGAUCGAUGGACGAAACUCCACCGCAGAUUGAUUUCAAUGUGGCAAACAACAGAGACAGUCUUGUUGAGCCAGUACAACAGCCGAUUAUUGCCGAACGACGAUCACAUCGACGACCGCGACAGACAAUUCUAAUAUCCCAGGAUAUGGACCUAGAGAAAGAGGAGGAGGAACAACAUGGAGAAGGACAACAGUCGUUCGCUUUAGCAAUGCUUCCCCGAGAAUCAACGGAAGAUCGCGUUCCUCGUUCAGCGUCCAUAUUACCGAAGCGAACCUUCUUCCAAGAACCAUCUAUUGAUGCAUAUUCCGAGGUUACGAAACCCGGUCCGGAGAUGGUAAGACAGUCAUCGCAUACGAUUGAUCGGAAACUCGUGACCAGAACCGACACGUCCGCAUUUAAGGCACAUGAGAUUAGUGAUAUUUCUUUGACCACCACAACAAUGGAACCGGAGAUACCGUGCAUUGGGAACAUCACCGGUAUGAUGAGUAUGCGCGAGAUCACGCAACCAUUAGCUCUUGCAUCGUUCCAAGAGCAGUCCCAUUCGGUGUCCGUAAUCUGUCGUGUCGAUGGUCAAGCAGUUGGUCCUUCUUUCGUGCAGGAGCAACACGAUCUUCAAACGAUGGCAUUCGUACCGACACGCCAGAACGGAGCAAGUGAUGACGAAUUCUACGAUGCAGAAGAUGAUGCAGCUUCAGAGCCGGAUCUGAUCGUGGAUCCCCUUUCGCUGACAAAAUCCCGUCAUCUAACGAUGAAGUUUAUCGAUGUAGGACACUUGGAACAGACGAACUGUGACACUACGGCACCGGCACAAGGUCCGACCACUGCAAGCAAGCGUGUCCAUGCACAAGUGCUUGGCACACCGGUUAUUAAUCGUGCCGCUGAGCAUGAAUAUGAUCCACUACAAAUGACGCAUGCACGACAAACACUGCGCAUGGAUGUGGAGCAAACACCGCAAAGCCCAAUCAAGAAACGUCCACGAACGUCCUGUGCAAAUCCAGCGCCUGAGGAAAACAACAUAACAGCUAAACAUCCUGCCGAGCAACCAUCACCGAUUGAGGAGGUUCUUAUCAAAGAAGAACGACAAUCACGGACCAAUCCGGAUCGUGCCUCCCAGACACUUAUUCACGAUCCGUCCGUAUUUCUGAUGGAAGAGGAGAACCUUCUAGACGAUGAAUCCAAUCUUCCCUGUGCUUCAUUGAACGAAGAACCGCUGCCGGAUACAGACGACAGCUUCAAUCAAUCCUCCAAACCACCCGGCGUGAUUACGGAACAGUCUUACUACAAAAAUUUUGCCAAUUUGACGAUCGAUACGUUCGACUCAUACGAUGAAGAACAGUUAACACCGGCACCUGACAAUGUAGACGAGCCGAUACAGCAUGAUACAGCUGCUCCAGAAGCGAAUGACCUCGUGGCGGAAUGUAUUUCCGUAAGUGAUGAAGAUUCGCUUAUCGUUACACCACCGAAGGUACCGCUUUCGCUCGCGUACAAUGGUGGCAAUCGGCUAACGGACGAAGUGCUCGAUUCUACCAUUGCUAGCAAAAUUAUGUAUCAAAUACGACAGAAACAUCCGGUUGUAAAGCAUCCUUGCUGUGGUAUGCAGACCGAGUGUCUCUGUCGGUUGCGAACAGAGUUACAGCGGCAUCAGGAAAUGUCCGAUCUGGUGUGGAACCGUUGGUGUAGUAAAUAUCAGACGAUCAAGCAACGAAUACCCAAACUGCCGCACCAAACCGCAUCGACCGAUCCACAAGGGGAUGAAGAGAAGCCGCCCGUGCGUGUAACGUUCGAGGAACAAAUCGAGGAGCUAAAUUGGCGGCUGCUGCGUACGCAGGUGGACGAUGAUUUUUUCUUCGUGAAGGGUGAACUGAGCAGAGAGGAUGUAUCGAGGCGCCGAAGUAGAACGAUUAGCAGUGGACACUACCCGGAAACGCCUAGUGCUGUGUUUUUGGCGGAUAAUUAUAGAAGCUACCUUUCGGAACAAUUGUACGCAGACAACAGUCCUCCGUCGGGGGCGCCAAUGCCGAGAAUUCCUCGUAUCACACAGCUGAUCGCCAAUAAGCUUUCCUCCGAUACGGGCACCCGUUGGCUGUUGGACUGCUCGGAGGAUAUCGAUGGGAUGCUCCUGUUACGGCAUCGUACCCUGCGCAGUUUCGUCAUAUCGAUACAGCUGCAGCCACCUCGAGGUAAAACGCGAUCGGUCCGCAACAUUACCGAAAGCUGGCGACUGGAACGGAUACAGGUGCGUGAAUGUAUGGAGGAGUAUGUUCACUCUUCCAAGCUGCUACUAGCGCACGUCGAGUUUAUGCGUUUAGCAAAGGAAACGACCGAGCGAACACUCCGAUCAACGUACCGAACAGUCGCGGAUCUGAUGGGUUUGUGGCAUCACUUUCACGAGCUAAUACAACGGGUAUUUGAUGGUGUGAACCGGCUAGUGGCAAUCGUCCGCAAUAACGACGCAAUGCUGUGUUACGAUGCCCAAAUGGAACGGUUUUAUGUGAAGAAAUGCGUCCACCGUGCCCUCGAUGAUGAGGUAAACACACUGCAGAUUCAUUUCAACUGGAUCGAAAGCAUCGGAGUGUCGGGAGUGAGCUUCAAAUGGCCAAAGGCGGAACAUAACAAACUGCUACCGGCCGGCACUAAUCAACACACUACCGCACCCGGUAACUUCAUGCAGGGCGUUGGGACGAACGAAAAAACGGGCCUCAUGUUCCUGGAGUGUUUACUGUGGAACGUGACAAAGCACUAUGAAACGUAGCGAAAAUGUAUAAUGAAAUCCGUAUAAAAUGCUUUUACAAAUAGUAAGUGAAUAGUAUUUUAACCCUCUGCUACUCUUAAUCAAUGUUAACUAAAUUAUCCAUCAUUCAGCAAAUAAAACUUACUUUUUGAUAUGAUUUUAUACUUUAUGUUUCCUCCUCUCGGCCUCCUAACCCUUAAGACCAUGCCCUGCAUUUCUGCCUAAUAGUUUUUACGAGGGGGGACGGGUUUGGAUAGGAUUUGAUACCCGGUCCUGUUGUGUGGAAUCGGCGCCGUUUAUCACAUGCACCAUGCGGUCGCCCCCUGAUAUUGUUGUAUAGGAUGUAUAGUAAUGUAUACAAAACUCAGAUU